AUGAUAUCAGACACUUAGAAAUCGUUUAAGGAUUUUUUGGAAACAUAUGCUAUUAGAAAAAAGUAGCCAGAAAAAAGAAGAUAACCAAAAUUGAAUCCUGUGUUUCUAUUAACAAAAUAUCAACCAUAAGGAAAUUCAAUUUAAAUUGAAUAAAAUUUUAGUUACGCCAUCACUAAUCCUAAAGUGACUAAUAUGGAUUCUCAAAUUAGUUUACGAUUUAAAACCUUAGAGAGUGAAAAAAGUAAUAUGUCAGGUCUAGUGUUAUUUCGUAAGAAUAGAUGGAGAUAAAAAGAAAAGAACUAAUGUUUAAUUAGAAAUUCUGAAUUAUUCAAUAGUGUUAUUCAAAAAUCAUCAAGGUUUCAUAGUUAAUAAUAAUUGGCACCUCUUAAAUCAUAAGAUUAAAUAAUUAAGGGAUACUUGAUGGAAUUAUCUCGAAAACGAAAAGUAGCACCGAAACCAUAAGGAACAGAUGAAUUAUUGAAUUAUGAAGUAGAUCAAAUUUAUUUGGAUAUUACAAGAAGAGAUAAUAUUUUAAGUGUUAAGUUUCCCAAUAAAAAUUAUCCAGGAGUUAAAUAAAUAUUUCGAAAUCUUUUAGCAACUGCAUAUGAUCAAUAAAUGUUUUUAGAUUUACCUCGUUUAAGAGUAAUUCAUUUAGGUAUGUAAUUAACACAUGCUCAUUUUUUUAAGUUUAAAUAUCACUUUUUAACUAAAUACAUGCAUUUAAACAUUUCAACUGAAAAGAUGUUUAAUUGUUGUGAACGCAUUGAAAAUAUUCGUCCUUACAUACUUAAUGAAAUAUUAGAAUUUGAGAUAUAUGGAGGUGAAGAUGGUAUUAAAGCUAUUACAAAAUAAAUGUAUAAAAAGAUAUUAUCAGAUGUCACAUUAGCUCCAUAUUUUGAAAAUAUUGAUGUAGCAACAUAAGAAAUGAAAUUUGCUAGACUCUUCUUUUAAUUAAUUUAUCAUUUGGAUUCUCCGAAUUAUUCAUGUGAAGUACUUCGUGAAAGACAUGUAAAAUAUGCCUUAACUAAUGUAUAACUUACAAAUUUUAAAUACUAUUUAUCAUUAACAUUAUAAAAAACUGGUAUACCAUGGAAGAAUAUUAGAUAACUUUUAAGAAGAAUGGAUGUAUAUAAAUAUGCAAUAAUAAAUAAAAAUGAUCUCUAAUAUUAUGUAAAUUAAUUAGGGUUUAAUUAAUUUAUUGAAAAUUUUGUAAAUAGUUGUGCAUAAGAUGCAAUGUUAUCUGAAUUAAUUCAUCGUAGAGGAAGAUAAAGAUUUGUUGCACAUUGUUGUAAUAUAUUUCAUUAUUUCUUUCGUUAUAAUAUAAAAGCAAUUACAAGAGAAGAUUUACAUUUAAUUCAUUCAAAAAAAGCUAUAAUAAAUGAAAAGAUUUUUGAUAAAUUUAAAUAAAAGGCAGUUGAAUCUGUUAAAGAUUUGACUGAUGAUAGUUUAGUAUUAUAAGACUUUAUAGAAGAUUGGGAUGAGAUUAAACCAAUAAUUUUAGGGGAAACAAGAGAAUAAUAAAUAUUAAGUUUAGGUUAAGAUUAUCUAAUACCAAAAUUAGUAUCAAUUUUAGAAUAUGAAUUUGUUUAAAGACAUUUAAAUAAAAUAUAUGAAACUGAAGAAUCAGAAAUGAGUCAAAGUAUACUUUGUAAAUUAAAUUUACUUCUUUAUGGUGUUAGAUUUUUCAAGAAACAAGAUUUGUAAAUCAUCCACAAAAGAUUCAAAAUAACAUCUUUACAAUACUAUGACUUUGCUUAAUGUUUUAAAAUUGCUUUAGAAGAAUACUAAGUUUUAAAUUAUGUUCAUUAGUUAAUUGAAGAAUAUGAGUAAUUUAUUGUCUCUGAUUGA